CAACUCGCUCUUCGCCACCGACCACCACCAUGGCACCCUCUCGCGGACCUGCCGCCUUACCACGAACGUUGCACACGACGCUGAACAACCACAAAGGACCCGUGCACGUCGUCAGAUACGCCAAAGGGUCUGCCAAAUACGUCCUCACAGGCGGGCAAGACCGCACCGUUCGUCUAUGGAACCCCGAACUCGGCACUGAAAUCAAGAAGUACGCGGCGCACGGCUACGAGGUGCUCUCCGUUGCCGUCUCUCACGAUAACGCGAAAUUCGCGUCCUCCGGGGGCGACCGCUCGGUGUUCCUGUGGGACGUGGUGCAGGGGACGACCAUCCGGCGGAUUGCGGGGCACAUGAGCAAGAUCUUCGUAGUCGACUUUAACGCGGAUGCGAGCGUUCUCGCCAGUGGGUCAUAUGACUCCACCGUCCGGCUGUGGGACCUCAAGUCGCAGAACCGACAGGCGAUCCAAGUGCUCGAUGAGGCGCACGACGCGGUGCAGACGUUGCAUGUCGGUCCUACCUACUUGCUCACGGGCUCGGUGGACGGCUACGUGCGCACGUAUGACCUCCGCAUGGGCGAGCUCCGGAGCGACUUCAUUGGCCACCCAGUGACUUCGGUGGUACCGUCCCAAGACGGCCAGACGUAUCUUGCCACAACGCUCGACGCGCACGUCCGGCUGAUGGACGCGUCCACAGGCAAGAUGCUGAACGACUUUCAGGGCGCGACCAUCUCAUCCUACCGCUGCCGCGCAUGCUUCGGCCACGGCGAGGCUAGCGUAGUGUGCGGAGACGAGGCAGGGAGGGUCUGGGCAUGGGAUUUGCUAGAUGCGGCGCCCCUCCAGCCGAACCCGCCACCGAGAGUGCACGACAAAUCCAUCACUUGGGUUGAGCACCAUCCUGUGGAAACGGGUGAGCUCGUCACGUCGAGUGCUGACGGUUUCGUGAAGGUCUGGCGGCACCCAACCGUCCCAUAGGCAGAUCGACCGGACACGGAUCUGAGGUGUAAGUAACGGCGAGAGGAGAAAUGCCUCUUUGGCAGAAAUGUAUACAGAAAUCAGUGUCCACGCUUCUAGCAGUAUACAACAGCAAUACAAGAGUCUGAGCGAAAGC